GGCGGCUGCGGCUGCUCGUGUCGGCUCCGGGCGGCCCCCGCGCCGCAGCCCGCGCCGUGUCCGCGGCGGAGCCGCCCAGGUGCGCAGGAGGAUGGUGGCGCGGCCCUAGGCCCACGCUCCGCACCAUGACCUGCUGGCUGUGCGUCCUGAGCCUGCCCCUGCUCCUGCUGCCCGCCGCGCCGCCCCCGGCUGGAGGCUGCCCGGCCCGCUGCGAGUGCACCGCGCAGACCCGCGCCGUGGCCUGCACGCGCCGCCGCCUGACCGCCGUGCCCGACGGCAUCCCGGCCGAGACGCGCCUGCUGGAGCUCAGCCGCAACCGCAUCCGCUGCCUGAACCCGGGCGACCUGGCCGCGCUGCCCGCGCUGGAGGAGCUGGACCUGAGCGAGAACGCCAUCGCGCACGUGGAGCCCGGCGCCUUCGCCAACCUGCCGCGCCUGCGCGUCCUGCGUCUCCGUGGCAACCAGCUGAAGCUCAUCCCGCCCGGGGUCUUCACGCGCCUGGACAACCUCACGCUGCUGGACCUGAGCGAGAACAAGCUGGUAAUCCUGCUGGACUACACUUUCCAGGACCUGCACAGCCUGCGCCGGCUGGAAGUGGGCGACAACGACCUGGUGUUCGUCUCGCGCCGCGCCUUCGCGGGGCUGCUGGCCCUGGAGGAGCUGACCCUGGAGCGCUGCAACCUCACGGCUCUGUCCGGGGAGUCGCUGGGCCAUCUGCGCAGCCUGGGCGCCCUGCGGCUGCGCCACCUGGCCAUCGCCUCCCUGGAGGACCAGAACUUCCGCAGGCUGCCCGGGCUGCUGCACCUGGAGAUUGACAACUGGCCGCUGCUGGAGGAGGUGGCGGCGGGCAGCCUGCGGGGCCUGAACCUGACCUCGCUGUCGGUCACCCACACCAACAUCACCGCCGUGCCGGCCGCCGCGCUGCGGCACCAGGCGCACCUCACCUGCCUCAAUCUGUCGCACAACCCCAUCAGCACGGUGCCGCGGGGGUCGUUCCGGGACCUGGUCCGCCUGCGCGAGCUGCACCUGGCCGGGGCCCUGCUGGCUGUGGUGGAGCCGCAGGCCUUCCUGGGCCUGCGCCAGAUCCGCCUGCUCAACCUCUCCAACAACCUGCUCUCCACGUUGGAGGAGAGCACCUUCCACUCGGUGAACACGCUAGAGACGCUGCGCGUGGACGGGAACCCGCUGGCCUGCGACUGUCGCCUGCUGUGGAUCGUGCAGCGUCGCAAGACCCUCAACUUCGACGGGCGGCUGCCGGCCUGCGCCACCCCGGCCGAGGUGCGCGGCGACGCGCUGCGAAACCUGCCGGACUCCGUGCUGUUCGAGUACUUCGUGUGCCGCAAACCCAAGAUCCGGGAGCGGCGGCUGCAGCGCGUCACGGCCACCGCGGGCGAAGACGUCCGCUUCCUCUGCCGCGCCGAGGGCGAGCCGGCGCCCACCGUGGCCUGGGUGACCCCCCAGCACCGGCCGGUGACGGCCACCAGCGCGGGCCGGGCGCGCGUGCUCCCCGGGGGGACGCUGGAGAUCCAGGACGCGCGGCCGCAGGACAGCGGCACCUACACGUGCGUGGCCAGCAACGCGGGCGGCAACGACACCUACUUCGCCACGCUGACCGUGCGCCCCGAGCCGGCCGCCAACCGGACCCCGGGCGAGGCCCACAACGAGACGCUGGCGGCCCUGCGCGCGCCGCUCGACCUCACCACCAUCCUGGUGUCCACCGCCAUGGGCUGCAUCACCUUCCUGGGCGUGGUCCUCUUCUGCUUCGUGCUGCUGUUCGUGUGGAGCCGCGGCCGCGGGCAGCACAAAAACAACUUCUCGGUGGAGUACUCCUUCCGCAAGGUGGAUGGGCCGGCCGCCGCGGCGGGCCAGGGAGGCGCGCGCAAGUUCAACAUGAAGAUGAUCUGAGGGGUCCCCAGGGCGGACCCUCCCCUCCCCUCCCCCGCGGGCCGGUCCCUCGCGUGUCCACCUAUGCAUUUUCCGGAGGGGAAGGGGGCGGCUGCACGGCGCUCCCCAGGCAGAACUUCCCCUUUUUUUGUAGACGCCCAACCGCAGGACUGUUUUUCAUCAGCAUGCGUCUUUUUUGCAGUUUCUCAAGCGUUUUCUAAAGAUUUCAACCCGUCUUCCUGUCCCUGCUAUGGUGGCUGAGCUGGGGGGUGGGGGUGCGGGCUGCAAGGAUGGGGGGAUGGGCUCCCGUCUACCAACCCGGGGUGGCUGGGGGCGCUCAGAGACCCCAGGAUCCUCAGGGCCCGCAAUUCACACCAAGGAGGCACAAGACUGCUGCCCCCAAGCCCUGGGCUUCCGCUCCCCCAGCCCUUUGUACACAGAUCGCAUCGGGGAGACGGUGGACACCCGGGUCCCACAAAGGGCCCCACAGCCCCAAGGGGAGGGUGCGCAGAAAGUCUGCAUUGUUCACACCUGGCCAUCCUACACCCCACACCCAGAGACACACUCACACCUGGAACCCAAUCACACAGGUGCAACACACCUCACACCCAGCCGACACUAAAACCAGACCCGGGGCACCAGAGCUGACCACAGGGGCAGGCAGGGCUCUCGUGAGAGCAAAGCUCACACCCGGGACAGGCGCAACUCACACCCGGGACACACAGCUCACACCCAGGACACACACAGCUUACACCCGGGACACACAGCUCACACCUAGGACACACACAGCUCACACCCGGGACAGGCACAGCUCACACCCAGAACACACAGCUCACACCCGGGACACACAGCUUACACCCGGGAAACACAGCUCACACCUGGGACACACAGCUCACACCCAGGACACACUCAGCUCACACCCGGAACACACAGCUCACACCCAGGACACACAGCUCACACCCGGGACACAGCUCAUACCAAGGACACACUCAGCUCACACCUGAUACAAGCACAGCUCACAGUGGAACACACAGCUCACACCCGGGAUACAGCUCACACCCAGGACACACUCAGCUCACACUGGAACACACAGCUCACACCCAGGACACACUCAGCUCACACCCAGAACACAGAACUCACAUCUGGGACACACACAGCUCCCACCCGAGACACACACCUCACACCCAGCUGACACUAAAACCAAGCCCUGGGCACCAGAGCUGACCACAGAGGCAGGCAGGGCUCUCGUGAGAGCACAGCUCACCCCAGGGACAUGCUCAGUUCACACCUGGGACAGGCACAACGCAUAACUGAGACACAGCUCACACCUGGGACACACAGCCCACCCCAGCGCCUGCUCCGCUGAGCAUCUCCCAGCCGACCUCGGGGCCUGGGCUCAGGUCUUGCUGAGGACCCAGCACACACGGUGGUCACAGUCAGGGGUCCACACGCCCUGUCCUCCGUCCUCCCCACAGCCCAGCAGGGCUGUCCACAAGAAGGAGCCGUCACCCCAGCCCUCCGCCUCCCUCCACUGCCACGUGCUUCCCAGAACAGCAGGCAAGAGAGGGCCACCCCACAAGGGAGAGGUGGCCACCCUGCAGGACCAUGGCUUCUGGGGUGCUGAGUGUCCUUCUGAAUGGGUCUACUGGAGGGACUUUUGCCCCUAGGUACACACUGACCUCUGAGCCGGCCUCAGACAAGCCCUGAGCGUGGCCCCAUCAUGGCCGGCCCUGCUGACCCGUGGCUCAGGUGGGGAAGGAGACCAAAGAGCACAGGGGGUUCCCGGUGGUCCCGGCUACGUGCGGUGCAGUGUAGUGACAAGAACAAGGCGGGAACAAGGGCUUCACCCUGCAGGGAGGCCUGGACCCGGGUCCUCGGGAGGUGAUGGAGGAAGCUCGGUCUCUGCACCUGCAGAGGUGGGGCAGAUCCAGGACCAAAGCUGGGGUCACAGGCCGACUGCGGCUCAGGUCAAGGAAGAGCUUCCCUGAGGUCACCGCCCGGUUGCUCUGCAGAUGGUGGGCAUCCUGUCACGGGGGGUAAACAAGCAGGAGCUGAGGUUUUGCAGAAGGAUUCAGGCACCAGACCGGGACCACAGGGACCAUCUGUGACCUGGCCUCCUCACAGCCAGUUCUUGCCCCUCCCCUCCACAUCCUCCAGAGGACAGUUAGGACAUUGCUGGGGGCAGGGACAGGAACCAUUGUUGGGCCAAAACCUCAGCCAGAAAGGGGCUUGGCUGCCAACCAAGAGGUUAGGACAGACCCUCCAGGACUUUGCGGGAAGGGCUCAAAAGCAGCUCUGCUCCUGCCCGGCUAUGUGAUCUCAGCUGGUGACUGAAGACCACCUAGACCAUCAGUGUCCUCAUCUGUAAAAUGGGUCUGAGGGUCCAACCUAUUACCCUGUAUUCAGAGGCCAGGCCUGCAGAUGAGCUUGAUGGCUUGACUCGGAUCCUGGAUCCCUCAAGACUGCUCUGAGAUCGAUCAGCCAGAGAGAAACAGAGAGAAAGCCGACUCAGCCCUGAAGGCUUUGAGCAAAAGUUUCAGAAGGAGCUGGAAGGAGACAACGGCCCGUUCUCCCUGAGCUGUGGCCGGGAGGGCCCAGGCCUGCACCACGAUGUACAGAUGGCCCAGGGGGCUCGACAUGAGUGAGGGCCGAAGUUCGUGCAACCCCAACCGCCACCCCUGAAUUGGGCAGAACCAAUUUUUUUCUUAGCACCUGCCUGACUCUGGUUACCAUGACAACCCCAAGGGCCCCCCAAAAUUGAUAUCCAAGUGCCUUUAGCCUAUCAAAGACAGGAGGGGGUGCAUUCUCGGCCAGGUUAGGGUUCACAGAGCAUCCGUAUAUUAGGAUUUCCCAGCCCCCUGAGCCCCCCACCCCAUCCCAACAUGAACUAAGACCCCUCAGCCCCCCCACCCCUCAUCCUGCUGUAUUUGGUUCAAAUCCAAUAAAAAUGGAACCGAUUUAAUAACAAA